UCUACACUUUCUUUUCUUCUCCGUUCAUCCACUGCAAAUGGGGGAGCCAUGCCAAAAAUACUGGUUUUCUGAUAUGGAGAUACAAGAUUUUGAUUUCUUUAACCAAAGCCACAAGAUUGAGUCACUGGAUGAUGAAGAUCAGAUCUUUGAGGAGAUCAUGCAUCGACCAGCUUUCUCUUCUGACAGUGAAACUCACUCUCCCAAAGUUCAAACCAAAUCAAACUAUGGUGGCAGUGAUUACACAACCCUCACCAGCAGCAAGAACAGCAACGUUGUGAUGAAGAGCAACAGCUCUAACUUUCUGUUCUCAUCACAACAUGCACCAGAGAAACCUGCCACAGCCCCUUCUCCUCCAACUGCGUAUAUUCUAUCUUUCAAUGACUCCACCGUUGUUGCUGCUACCUGCCAAACCUACGAUGGAAAACCGCCGUACCAAGAGGGUGUAGCCGCAGGGAGCGGUGGCGCGUGUCUUCCCUCAAAAGGGGUCUCAGAAAAACAUGAGAUUGAACCUAAGGCCAACUCAGCAACAAGAAAAGGUAGAAGUUCUGGAGAGACACUGGACCAUAUAAUGACUGAGAGAAAAAGGAGACGGGAACUGACAGAGAGAUUCAUUGCACUUUCAGCCACCAUACCUGGUUUGAAGAAGAUCGACAAGGCAACCAUACUUUGCGAAGCAAUCACUUAUGUGAAACGACUUAAAGAGCGUGUAAGAGAACUAGAAGAACAAUGCAAGAGGACAAGGGUAGAGUCGGUGUCUUUUGUUCAUCAGAGGUCCAACGUUAUUUGUAGUGAUGAUAAAGGGACAACCUCUGGUGCAACGAAAUCUGAUGAAUGCUAUAAAACCAAUGAAGCACUCCCUACAGUGGAAGCAAGAGUGUUUAAAAAAGAUGUACUAAUCCGGAUUCACUGCAAGAUACAAAAUGGCAUUUUGAUAAAAAUUUUGGAUUAUCUUAAUACCCUUGAUCUCUCCACAACCAGCAACAGUGUAAUGCCAUUUGGAAGUUCAACUCUUGACAUCAGCAUCGUUGCUCAGAUGGGUGAAAAAUUCAACGCAACAAUGAAUGAUCUAGUGAAAAACCUGAGAGUGGUUCUCUUGCAGUCAUCUGAAGCUCCACAAAUGAUCAAAGGAGUCUGAUCCCAAAAUUCUACUAGUUAGCUCUGGUGUGUGGGUUGAUCUAAAUUCUGGAAUUAGGUUAUGUCUUGUUAUUCAUGAUCAGGGAGAGUCUACUACUGUUUGAUGAAUAGAAUGAUUAUGAUUUCAUGCAUGAUACUUUCAAAUUAUAGAUAACACCAUCAAUAUUAUGCAUAUUAGAGCAUGUAGCUGCAACUUGCAAGAUAUAUAG